CGUGCCUUCGUUGGAUGUUGGCGUAUCAUAGCAACAGCUUCAAACACGACGACGCGGAAAAGAUGGCGACGCAGAGAGAGAAAGACGCGGCGGAUUAUCUUAAAAAACACAAAAUUAUCGAGCUCAUGGACAACCUGACCGGCAUGCUCUUCUUCUACAGACCUGAGAAUCCCAGAGAGUUUCUGAUCGAGCAGCUGGAGCAGCUGAAGAUCUCCCAGCAGAGGGGUGUGAAAGGGCCCAAUCUGUUCAACAGCGCCAACCUGGAUUCAGUCUUUGGGAUACUGGACCCCGCUAAUCAAAAUUAUAUCACCUUUACCCAAUACAAGCAGGCUCUGACCACGCUGGGCAUUAAAGACAUUAAUGAAUGUCCUGAAGGUGUAAAUGAAGACAGAAUAUCCCACGACACCUUCAAAACAGAAGCGACUCAAGGCCUACAGAGGUGCUCAGCAACAUAUCAACAACCGUGAAUUUAGAUGUUUCCCUCCUGUCAGCUGAUGUUCCAUGAUAUGUUGAUUUGCAUGUUGUCACUGGGACUGGGCUUCAUGUGAAGCUGUCUUUUGUAAAACAAGUACAUUUUGUAUAAUUAUUAAACUGCUAAUGUUAA